AUGGCUAUUGCAUGGCGCGCGGAGGAGGAGACACCAUUCCGACCUUCUUGCGGCUUCUCCCACAUCGUCAAUCACGGAGAAGAGUGCUCGAGCAGCCAUAUGUUUAAGUCGACGAGGAAGCAGGAGGUUUUUUAUUUCGCCGGUCCCAUCAUCGUCGGCGCCGGCCCGUCCGGGCUCGCCGUCGCGGCCUGCUUCAAGAGCCGCGGCAUCGAGAGCCUCAUCCUCGAGCGCGCCCCCUGCGCCGCCUCCUCGUGGCGGCUCAAAACCUACGACCGCCUCCGCCUUCACCUACCCAAGUACCUCUGCGAGCUCCCCCUCAUGCCCUUCCCCGCCGCCCUCCCGCUAUACCCCACCAAGCGUCAGUUCCUGGCCUACCUCGACGCCUACGCCGCCGAGUUCGGCCUCAGCCCGCGCUUCGGCGUGGCUGUCAUCUCAGCCGAGCGCGACGACUCCGCCGGCCUCUGGCGCCUCCGGUCGGACACCGGGGAGGAGUUCGCGACCCGGUGGCUGGUGGUGGCGACGGGGGAGAACGCGGAGCCGAUGGUGCCGGCGAUCCCGGGGGCGGCCGAUUUCCGGGGGACGGUGCUGCACACCAGCGCCUAUCGGAGCGGCGAGGCCUACCGGGGGCAGCGCGUCCUCGUCGUCGGCUGUGGCAACUCCGGCAUGGAAGUCGCCCUCGAUCUAUGCGAGCACAAUGCGAUCCCUUCCAUCGUCGUUCGGGAGACCGUUCACAUGUUGCCACGUGAGAUGCUGGGCCGGUCCACCUUUGGAUUGUCGACGUGGCUGUUGAAAUGGCUUCCGGUUCGGACGGUGGACCGCUUCCUGCUCACUGUCGCCCGGCUGAUGCUCGGCGACACGGCCAGUCUCGGCCUGCACCGGCCCAAGCUCGGGCCGCUAGAGUUGAAAUCGCUCACCGGGAAGACCCCCGUCCUCGACGUCGGCACCUUGGCUAAGAUCAAAUCCGGCUCCAUUAAGGUACGGCCAGCGAUUAAGCGGAUUACCGAUCGAGGAGCAGAGUUUGUGGACGGCAGAAUUGAAAAUUUUGACGUGGCAAUCUUCGCAACCGGAUACAAGAGUAACGUACCUCGUUGGUUAAAGGAGAGUGAUAUGUUCUCGGAGAUGGAUGGUUUGCCGAGGAAACCUUUUCCGAAUGGAUGGAAGGGGCCGAACGGGCUGUAUGCCGUUGGAUUCACGAGGCGUGGCUUGGUCGGGGCAUCGCUCGAUGCCAUGAGGAUCGCUCAAGAUGUGGAGUUAUCUUACAAGGUCGAGAAGUAG